AUGACCCGUGAAGUGGAGAAUGUUAUUGACGAGAGCAACGACGCAGAGAAGGAGAAGAAAAUUAUGACUGUUAGGGAAAAGGGCCGUGAUGUACAAUGCAAAGUUGUCAGAGAAUAUAAAGAGGUGGAGACAGAAGAGGUGACGGAAGGGCUUGGAGCCACAGGUGGUGGAAUUGUGGAGGGUUGUUUGUGGAGAGCAAGGGUCUUUGGAGGUGGCAAGGUAGUUGGAAUGGAGGGCUCCGAGUUGUUUAGGGUCAAAGGUAGAUGUGGAAGCGGGAGAGGAGGGUGUGGACGGUGUUGGGGUUCUGGCAUUGGUUUUGAGGAGGUUGAUUUAGUGGGAUCUGAGGGUUAUUUGGUGGGGAAAAUGGAGAUGUUGGAGGAAAGGAGGAACUGGUGUCAUUGCUGCAAGAGAGAGAAUAAUGUGAAGAGUGUGAUGUAG